GUUUCUGAUUCGGUCUGUUUGUCUGUUCACGUUGUCAGCCAUAUUAGCGCCCUCCUCCAUCUCCAACACCGUUAACUAGAAGACAUGCAUACAUCUGGUCGGCUGUAAGGACAAACUGGAUAAGCGUUUACAUCUCUUUUGAAGAACAAUCUCGAAACUACAAAAUGGAGGCAGUUAAGGCGUUUAACGGCGAGUUGUACUCGUUGAAUGAAUACAAGCCACCAAUCUCCAAAGCAAAGAUGACCCAGAUAACAAAAUCAGCAAUUAAAGCGAUAAAGUUCUACAAACAUGUUGUCCAGAGUGUGGAAAAAUUUGUUCAAAAGUGCAAGCCUGAGUACAAGGUCCCUGGUCUGUAUGUCAUGGAUUCAAUUGUGCGACAGUCUCGUCACCAGUUCGGUCAAGAGAAAGAUGUUUUUGCACCACGGUUUAGUAAGAACAUCAUUAGCACAUUCCAGAAUCUCUACCGCUGCCCCACUGAUGACAAGAGCAAAAUUGUCAGAGUGCUAAAUCUUUGGCAGAAGAACAGUGUCUUCAAAAGUGACAUCAUUCAGCCUUUGCUGGAUAUGGCAGCAGGGCUCCCUCCCCCCAGUGUUACGCCUGUCUCUGCCAGCAGUGCUGUACCCAUCAACAGCACUACCCCUGGAACUCCUGCUACUCCAGCCACCCCAGCCAACAUAGUGCCGAGUCUCCCAGACUGGGCAUCUCAAAUCUCCAACACAGACACAGUGGCUGCCGUAGCCCAAAUCUUACAGAGUCCUCAGGGCCAGCAGUUGCAGCAGCUAGUGCAGAGCUUGCAGAUGCAGCAGCAGAAGCCUCAACCCUCUCUGCUGCAGGCACUGGAUGCAGGUCUCGUGGUGCAGCUGCAGGCCCUAACUGCACAGCUUACUGCUGCUGCUGCUUCAGCCAACACACUUAACCCACUGGAUCAAAGGGUCUCCUCUUUUAACAAGAAGAUUUUGGGUCAGUUCGAUUUUGGCAGUGAGUCAGAGCGCAGCGAGGAUUCUAAAAAGGAUGCUGCAUCUCAAUUACCUGUGGUGUCUGAAUCAAUCAACAGCUCAAUAUUCCAUCAGCUGGCUGAACAGCUUCAGCAGCAGAAUCUUGAGCAAUUCCAGAAGCAACUGCUGGAGCACCAGCAGCAUCAACAGAAGUCCAUGAACAUGGAGAGUCAGGACACCAUCUUUGGGUCAGAAAAUUCUGCCCCUCCGGGCCAGAGCAGUGCCCCUUCUCAGCUCCCAGAACCAGAAGCAAAAUUGGAUGACUCUAUUGAUAACCAACAACAGGAUAUGGAUAUUGAUGAAGGACAGGAUACGGUAGAAGAGGAACUUUUUGAGUCUGAGGAGAAAAAAACCAACAGCACUCGUUCAAGAACACGCUCAAGAUCUCGCUCCAGGUCCCCUAAGAGAAGGAGGUCAAGGUCACGCUCUGGCUCGAGGAAGCGCAAACACAGGAAGCGCUCACGGUCUCGGUCAAGAGAUAGAAAAAGAAAGUCUUCCCGUUCUUAUUCCAGUGAGCGGCGAGCACGGGAAAGAGAAAAGGAACGUCAGAAAAAAGGGCUUCCUCCUAUCCGCUCAAAGUUUCUAAGUGUUUGCAGUACUACUCUCUGGGUGGGCCAAGUGGACAAGAAGGCCACCCAACAAGAUCUUACCAACCUUUUUGAAGAAUUCGGACAGAUUGAAUCUAUUAAUAUGAUUCCUCCCAGAGGCUGUGCUUACAUCUGUAUGGUGCAUCGACAGGAUGCAUACCGUGCCUUACAAAAACUGGGCACUGGUUCUUAUAAAAUUGGCUCAAAGGUCAUUAAAAUCGCCUGGGCACUAAAUAAAGGUGUGAAACAGGAGUAUAAACAGUUUUGGGAUGUUGACCUCGGAGUCAGUUAUAUCCCAUGGGAGAAGGUCAAACUAGAUGAUCUGGAUGACUUUGCAGAGGGAGGCAUGAUCGACCAGGAAACGGUCAACAGUGAAUGGGAGGCUCAGAAGAAUGCUGAGGCAGCCAAAGAGAGUCAAAGUCAAUCUGUCACGGCUGAAGCCAGUGUAAACAGCAGCGCGCCCAGUGAGGCGUUUACACAGCCUGUUACCAUGAUGCCUCUGCCGAUUCCAGUGGCACAGACGGUCCCUGCUGUUGGCCUUGUGCCUCCAUCUUUCCCUGUCACAAUGGCAAUGCCCCCACCAGGCUUUGGUCACCCUCCCCCCUUUCUAAGGGCAGGAUUUGAUGCAUCACAGCCUCCCCCAGGUUUCAUGACCACACCAGGAGUUGCACCAUCAGCUGUUGGAACCAGUCUUGGCUCUUCCCAGACAUCUUUAGUGCAGCCUUCAAUAGCAGCAACUCAAGAGAGCAGCAAGGAUUCUCUAUUUGGAUCCAUGAUUCCUCCCACAAGCACUAUUCCUGGGAGUUUUAUUCCACCAGCAAUGCCUGGGGCAGGAGUGUUUAACCCCGUGGGAACGCAGUCACAGCAUAGCAGCUCUGACAAAACACCUCAAGCAGCUGAAGAGACUACUUCUGAAAUAACACUACAGGGAAUGCAGAAUGCAGUGCGCAGUGGGAUGGGCUUGCUGGGCUUGCACCCCUCUGCAUCUUUAACUCAUCCUCUCUCUGGCCAACGUAUGGCAGGUCUGAUUCCUCUGGACCUUCGGCCCACUCUGCUUCAUGGAGCUGGAGGGCGCUUCCCAGUCCUGAUGCAGCAGGGUUUAGCACAUCAGGCAAACAAUAUCCUGGAUGCAUCACUUCACGCCCAAACCCGUGCCCGGGCUCCCUUCUCCCAAAUGGAGCAGUUUAGCCGUGCAGAGCCUACUUUUGCAAGAGCACCUAACCCUUCAUCCACUGGAUCUGAAAGUCUGCCCAAAGUCAAUAAUGAGACCCAGCCCAGGCCAGAUGUAAGUGGCCAACAAGAAGGAGAUCAGGAUUAUCGCUUUCCACCACCAGAGAAGCAGAGCACGGGGUUACUAAAGACUCCGCCUUUGGAGAUGCGUACCGAUCCCAUCCCUGCCAGACCACCUCUACUUGAGAGACCUCCACGAGUAAUUUUACAAGCAGACGGCCGAGAAAGUAGAAGAGAAAUGUCUGGGGGGUUUAGAGCGGAAAGUCGUUGGGGUCCACCCAGGGGUGACUUUGAUGAGCGAGACAUUAGAGGGAUGUCUGGGGCUCUGAAAGGUUUCCAAGACGAACGCUCCAACCCUAACUUUCAGAGUCGUUUUGAAAACCGCAGUGGUUCAUCGGGACCUAAUUGGAAUCGUGGAGCUGGAGCUUCUUUUAAUGCCAACAUGCACCAGGACUAUGAUGAUCGUCGCAGACCUUGGGAAAGGCAGAAGGACCGUGAUGACAGGGACAUGGACUUCCGGGGUGAAAUGAACAGUAAUCGUCAUAGUCGGGAGCGAGACCGUGAACGUGAGAGAGACAGGAACCAGGUCCGUGAACAUGCCCGAGAGCGGAAUCGUGAGAGAGAGCGAGAAAGGGACCGUGAGAGGGAAAGUGAAAAAGACAAAGAGCGGGACCGUUGGACCACUUCACAAUCUCACAGUCAACCUCUACUACCCCACCCUCAGCUUCCUAAGUCCCAACUGCUACUCUCCACCCCAGUGCUUAACCAGCCUAAAUCCCAAGGACAAGCGCGAGCCGGCUCACCAUCUCUGCCAAUGUCGCAACACCAGCCUCAGCCAGGACAGCAACCAACAGAACCAGAGGUUGUACUGCAAUCAGAGGGAAAGGCAGAGACACAGCCCAAAUCUCCUAGUCGUCCUGAAGAGACAACAAGCAGCCAGGAACAGGAGGAAGCCUCCUGCAUCCAUGGACCGGAGACAGACUCAAAGCCCCACUUAAACAUGGAACCUAUGUCGCAGACUACAACAGAGAUCUCUCGUAGCCCCUCACCCUCCCUUACCUCAACACCCCCCUGCCAUCCAAACGAGCCUCAAAAAGAAGAGAUGAUCCCAGAAAUGUCUGUUUCCUCUACUGUGGUUGCAGACAUGGAACAGGCUGGGCCAAAGGUGGACGCUGAGACUGAACCUGAGCUAGAGAAAACUGACACUGAAGAAACAUAAUCAACACUCAGUAGGUAAAGAUCAUUUUGUAUAGUUGUAAUUAUUUCGAAAGCUUCCACAAGGCCCAAGCAGUUCAUUAGAUUUUUCAGGGAUCCUAACAAAAGAUUUUUACCUCUCAAGUUACAAAUGUGUGUGCGGUAAAGGGGGCUCACACUAGAGGAUCUCAAUGGUAGGUGAUGUUUUAAUGCUUUAUUUUAUUAUAUUCCCUGUUUUUAGUUUUUAAUGCAAGCCCAUUGUUUUAAACUAGUUUUUUCUCUACAAAAUAUUAUGCAGCCUAAUUGGAAAUGCAGGGGUAAAAGAGGUUUGACCUUCCUAUGGAAGAGUUUAAGGAUCCUGGCUGUCUCCUUUUGAUUGCAGAAUACUUGAAAAAUGCACUGGCUUGUUUUGUCUUGUUUUUCAAAAUAGCAGCUGCACAGUUUAAAAUGAAUGCCUUUGUGGUGUCCAGUGCUUCUUGUCUUUCAAGCAGAAUACAUACAGUAAGAACAGUACUGCGUUUUAGUUGCUUUGAAAAGGAAGUUAAAAUAAUUCAACUUAUGUAUUAUCUCAAUAUUAAAUGUCUGUGAAUUUUCUUCAUUAUGCUACCAUGGAUCUACAAGAGCGCAAGACAGAAAAGGCUAUAAAAGAAAAAAAAAUGGAUGUUGGGUGCAAUCUGUUGUAGUUUCAAAUAAAACAUGCUUUGUUUGAUAAAA